AGCGCCUCAUCGGGCAGUUAGUCAAAGCUAUACGUCAUCACGUACCCCUACGCUGUUCGCUGUUAACUUCCGGUCUCGGAGAGGCAGGCAGCAAGGUGAGCGGAGCACCAUGGUCCUGAACCCCGUCAUCUCCAAACUGGCCGGUAAACUGGUCGUGCUGGCCAGCGCGUCUCCACGGCGACUGGAGAUCCUUCGCAACGCCGGCCUGCGCUUCGAGGUGGUCCCGUCCUGGUUCAAAGAAACUCUUGACAAGCGACUUUUCAAAGCGCCUCAUCAGUACGCCGUGGAGACGGCCAAGCAGAAGGCGCUCGAGGUGGCGAGGAGGAUGCCCUGCAAUCACUUGAAAACUCCGGACAUAGUGAUCGGAGCGGACACCAUCGUGAGUGUAGAUGGCGUGAUUCUGGAGAAGCCACGAGACAAGCAAGAUGCGUACAGGAUGCUCUCAAGUUUGAGCGGUAAAGAGCACAGUGUCUUCACCGGCGUCGCCGUCGUCCUGUGCCAUGAGAAACCAAAUGACGGGGAUUACCGCAUAGUGGAGUUCUACGAAGAAACCAAGGUGAAGUUCGCCGACCUCUCGGAGGACAUGCUGUGGGAGUACAUCGAUAGCGGUGAACCCAUGGACAAGGCGGGCGGCUAUGGCAUUCAAGCGCUCGGUGGGAUGCUGGUGGAGUACGUGCGUGGGGACUUCCUCAACGUGGUGGGUUUCCCCCUGAACCACUUCUGUAAACAGCUGGACCGGAUUUACAACCGACAAGGCAGUUGCGACGGCGACGCUGCCCCAAGUCCGCCUACCCCGGUCGACGGCUCGUCCGGACGCGCUGAGGAAACGGGACCGGCGACCGCCAGCAGGGGGUGUGAGGACAGUGACGAAGCCGGGAAGGACCUUGCGAAAAUCAUUCAACUGAUGGAUGGAUUCAAAGCCUCGAAGGCCCUGUUCACGGCCUGCAAGUUGGGCGUAUUCGACCUGCUGCAGCGCAGGCCGGCGUCGGACGCGGCGCAGGUGGCCCUCCAGCUGGAAACCUCCCUCAAGGGAACCCGGCGUCUGCUGGAGGCCUGCCUCUCGCUGCAACUGCUGAAGAGCACAAUUCCAGACUGCGGGACGCCCGCGUACGAGAACACCGAGCUGUCCAAACGCUUCCUGCUGUCCGACGCGCCGUCCUCGCUGCUGGGCUACGUGGCGCACUGCGACGACAGCGUGUGGCCGCUCUUCAGCCACCUGGAGAGCGCCGUGCGGGAGGGCGCCCACCAGCACCGCAGGGCCUUCUGCAGCAAGUCUGGCGACUUGUUCCAGGUGAAUAUUCCAAUAGAGCGCUUCAAGUACGCUUUGGAUGCGAAUGCUGAAUUGCUGACGCAGGACGCAGCGUACAGCAGCCGGGAGGCGAAGUUGAAGUUCAUGAAGGCCAUGCACAGUAUCGCUCAAGUGACCGGACGAGCAGUGGCGACGGCCUUCGACUUGUCCGCCUUCAAGAGCGCCUGCGACCUCGGAGGCUGCACCGGUACGAUGGCUGUGGAAAUGGCCAGAGCUCACCCUGGCAUGUCUGUGACAGUGUUUGACUUAGCGGCCGUCGUGGAAAUGAUUCCGCAUUUCCAGUCGUCCACUCCUCAAGACAGGGUCACGUUUGUCGCAGGAGACUUCUUCAAAGACGCCUUACCCAAAGCGGACCUGUACAUCCUCUCCAGAAUUCUCCACGACUGGUCGGAUGAGAGAGUGCACUUCCUGCUGGGCAGAAUCGCAGACGCGUGCACACCAGGUCGCGGGCUGCUGCUGAGCGAGAUCUUCCUGGAGCGGAGCAGAACGGGGCCGAGUCGCGGACUGCUGCAGGCCCUCAGCAUGGGCGACGGCCGGCAGAGGAGCGCCGACGAAUACGCGCUGCUUUUGAAGAGCCACGCGUUCGUCGUCAGCGGCAUCAAACAGACGGGCGACCUGCUGGAUGCGAUGCUCUGCGUCAAAGUCUGACUCCACUUCGGCACGCUGCAGGUCUGCCCAACCGACAGCGACCGCAAUCUACCCCAAACCGGAUGCGCACCGCAGGUCCCGAUGCCCAUUUCAUGUACCUGGAGUGUACCAUAGACCGUAGUUCUUUAGCCGCACGUAACCCUUAAAAUAAGGUCUGCACCCCUCUCAUGUACCCCAUUUCCACCAUAUGAAAUAGUCCACACAGCUCUAAUGUAACUUGAGCAUAUUUAUUGUUCUCUGCAUGCUCAACGGGGGAUUUUUUUUAUUUCACAUUUGGAAGAAGUGUGAUUCUAAUCUGAUGAUAUUCAGUUCCAUGUUUUUUUUUUUGCGUGUCUUUAAGCUGCAAUAACAUGAAAAUGUGCCACUGGAGAGAAAAUCUUGUCACUUGAAGCAUGUAGUUUAAAUCCAACUUUUGAAAAACAACUAUUUUGAACAGAUGUUUGUUUUCAUUUCAACACUUAAUGCAGGCUGUGCCGUCGUCUUUGCUGAGACCACGUCGGACGGGCGGUCCGCCUACUCGGCUUUGCGGUCUCUGAACAUGCCGGUCCGGACCGAAGGCCCGUAGACGGCAGCGUGCGGACUUGCCGAGCAAACGGCUUCGGAAAACACGCGUGUAGUUCACACGGGGAACUUUCUCGAUGCUUUUAUGGCAAUUAAAAUGUGACAUAAAUGAAAGCGUGUGUGAAUCCCUUUUCGUUUCGUUACUUCAGCGGAGUCUGCUGCUGUUUCAGUUCAGACUUUGAGAGGCAACCUCAAUGUAACCCACAGGACAUCUUCUAAUGCAUCCUCACACGAGAACGAAAUCCCAAUCUUUCCCAAAUGUUUUAAGCCACGCACGCCCUUCGACAUCGCCACAGAGUUGCUGUACCCCCCUAUCUCAUGCACACAGCCACAGCUGGAAUUUUGUUUUCCAAACUUCUCCUGACUUUGAAGCCAUGCAACCCCUUCAACAUCCCGACAGGUGUCGCACCUCACACCCUCAGCCAAAUCAUUCUUUUCCAAGCAGUGCGCCCCUUUAAAAGUCCCAAACAGAGGUGGCCCACCCCUUUCAUCCUCACAGACAACUUGAGCGUGAAAAAAAAACAACGUGAUAAGCCACGCACGUCCUUCAACAUGAUGGAGUGAAACGCAAAGUCUUAACGGGCCUUUUUGCUGUGCACACUCUAGCACGGUGAGCGACUGGUUGGAGCGUCUGCCUCACAGUUCUGAGCACCGGGUUCCAAGUCCCGGCCUCGCCUGUGCGGAGUUUGCACGUUCUCCCCGUGCCUGCGUGGCUUUUCUCCGGGCACUCCGAUUUCCUCCCACAUCCCAAAAACAUGCAUGGUAGGUGGAUUGAAGACUCUAAAUUGCCCGCAAGUGUGGAUGUGAGUGCGAAUGGUGGUUGCCCCGUGAUUAGCUGGCAACCGGUUCAGGGUGUACCCCGCCUCCUGCCCGAUGAUAGCUGGCACAGGCUCCAGCACGCCCGCGCGACCCUCGUGAGGAGAAGCGGCUCAAAAUGGAUGGAUAUAAUAUAUAAGCUAUCACAAGAUAGGUGCACUUAACUCCAGU